UUCUCCUCCUCUGUGCGUCGGCGUCGUCCGGAUCUGAUCAGGAGACUUCGGCUCCGCUCGGAGAAACAGCACCGCACUGUAUGGUGGAGAAUCAUUUUACCAUUUUUACCUUUUUCUGGGGACCGGCUGUAUGAUUAAGCUACAAUCUUCAAUGAGUAAGCAUAUCCCACAGUUCUGUGGUGUUCUGGGUCACACAUUUAUGGAGUUUCUGAAGGGCAGUGGGGACUACUGCCAGGCUCAGCACGCUGCCUAUGCAGACGAGUGAACGGCCAAACUCGCCAUCGAUCCGACGCACUUGAGCCACAGGAGGGACCCCGGGAAGUUGGCAGGACCGGGACGCCUCCCAGAACCAGCGAUAAGUCGGCCUGGAUGGGGUAACUCCACCCGCUGCACACUGCCCCCGUCGGCUUCCGCCUGGCCAGAAUUAAGGUGGAACCAGCCUUGUUUUUGUUUUGUUUUUUCCUCCUCCUCCUCCUUUUCUUUUGCUCCAAAAGAGAGGGUUUUGAGUUACUUCCUUUCCACCUGUCCGCCUCCAUUCGGCUGCCAACUCCCCAAAUUUCCCCGUUUUUUUCCUUUGUUUUUCUAACCUCGCCGACCUCGAAGAAGACCGGAGGAUUUUCUCUUUUUUUUUUUCUCUCUUCCUGGGUUCCUCAGAUCCCGUUGGACAUUUGUGUUUGACAUUCCCUCCGAGUUUAACUAAGUGUUUACAUUCACUCUGUGGAAGACAUUUGGGUUUUCGUUUCUCGUUUCUCGUUUCGUUUCGCGUCGUCACGAUGGCUCGUAUGAACAGACCGGCCCCCGUAGAGAUCACCUACAAAAACAUGAGGUUCCUCAUCACCCACAAUCCCACCAACGCCACCCUGAACAAGUUCAUCGAGGAGCUGAAGAAAUACGGAGUCACCACCGUCGUGAGGGUUUGUGAGGCCACAUAUGACGCCACUCUGGUGGUGAAGGAGGGCAUCCAGGUUCUGGAUUGGCCGUUCGACGACGGGGCCCCUCCCUCCAACCAGAUCGUGGACGAUUGGCUGAACCUCCUGAAGCUGAAGUUCAGGGAGGAGCCCGGCUGCUGCGUCGCUGUCCACUGUGUGGCCGGGCUGGGGAGAGCUCCUGUUCUGGUGGCACUCGCCUUGAUUGAAUGUGGGAUGAAAUAUGAAGAUGCUGUCCAGUUCAUUCGACAGAAGCGUCGAGGAGCGUUCAACAGCAAGCAGCUCUUCUACCUGGAGAAAUAUCGUCCAAAGAUGCGCCUGCGCUUCAAAGAUUCCAACGGCCAUCGCAAUAACUGCUGCAUCCAGUAGAGCCAAACCCUGAGCCACGCCACGCCAACCCCCCACCACCCACAACAACAACAACAACAACAACAACAACAACAGAAGAGUUCAACUUAACCUCGCUAGCUUAUCACCUGGCAGGCUUGUUUUCUUGUUUUUAUUUUCUUCAUUGUGUUGAAGUAUUUUUCUUUGAAUAACCAUGCUCCGUAAUGUCCCCCUUCCCUGUCCAGGUCCAAAAAAAUCAAGUGUCAAAAAAAUAAAAAUAAAUAAAUAAAAAGAAGAAGAAUCAUGUGAACCCAGCUUUCUCUUGAUGUGCCCAAAACAAAAUAAAAUAAUUUAAAAAAAAAAAUGAUAAUAAUAAUUAGGAAGGGCAGCGUUGAGUUGUGUAUUAUUGUAAGAUGUUGGAUUUACUGUUUUCUGCAAGUGCAGCCCAAAGAAUUGGAUUGGCCAGUGCAUUUACCUUACCUGAGAAUGUGUUUAAAAAGUAGUAGGUUUUUAUUUUAUUUUAUUUUAUUUCUUGUUUUGUUUUUGUUUUUUUGUUUAAGUUCAUGUGAGCAAUUAUAUACCCUGUUCAAUUGUAGGGCUCUCCGUUUCAGUACUGAAUAGAAAAGGGUUAUGCCUUCCUUCAAAUCAGAUGGAUCAUCCAUAAAUGCCUUACAAUCGAAGUGGAACAAAGGCAAUCGAGGUGGGAGUUGUCUCCCGCUGGCAUUUGGAAAAAGGUUUCAUUUUUCUACUUGGAACAAAGUAAAGAGAGAAGAGAGAGAUGGAAAAAAAAAAAAGAAACUGUUGCCUUUGUCUUGUGCAGGAAGUCUUACACACACUUAUGCCCUUUCAGUAACUAUUUUUAAUAUAAAUGCUUAAUUGUUGCAAUAUUUGUCAAUUGAAAGUCUAGGAACUCAUACUUUUUUCUUUUCCUUCUGUUUACUAAUUAACUGCCAUGUCCAAAAUGUGAUCUUCUGUCUUCUUUUCCAGUUUAUUUUAUUUUAUUUUAUUUUUAUUUUUAUUUUGUUUUGCUUCAAACUGGAUUUCCAGCGUCUGCGAUAUUUUGUAUGCCUUUUUAUUUGAUGUCUGUAACUUAAGACUUGGAUACUUGAUGAUUUUAUGUAUUUGAAAUGUGUACUAUUAUUAUUAUUAUUAUUAUUAUUAUUAGGUUGGCUAUUUAUACUAUCAAUGGAUGUGUGAUUUAGUACAGUGAGCGACAAAGUUGUACCUGUUCACCAACUUGUGAGAGUUCAUUAAAUGAUACACUGAAAACCAACAAA